GUUUGAUGAAAUUCGUCAGGUCUUCUGGGAUCGCGGGAAGCCACUGAGUGAUAUAGAUCACUUUUCUUCCCAGUACCCGCGUUCCGUUAUUGACCAUCUCCAACACUUGAUUGAUACAGAGCUCACGGGAAAUGAUCAAGAAUAUUGGCGAAGGCGGUGCACGAAGUGGAUGCUAGCUCUGGUGAAGACGCAUGGCAUUCUCCCAACUUCAUUCUCUUGUUUGGACGCUAAGAGCGAAGGUAGCACAGCUGUAUGGGGUGGUGGUUUUGCGGUACGUGCAGUCUUUUAGGGUGUCGUAUACCUUUAGAUUCAUGCUGCCUCAGGACAUUUGGAAAGGCCGCAUGGGUGAUAUGCUCAUUUGCAUCAAGGUGUUGCGUAUAUUCAUUGAUAAUGGGAUUGAGGAGCGUACACGAGUUAUCAAGAAUUUCUGCCGUGAAGCCCUGGUAUGGAGAAACCUCAAGCAUCCUAAUGUCCUCCCGUUUCUUGGCGUGAGCACAGAGCUUUUUGCACCAAGCUUCUGCCUCAUCUCCCCUUGGAUGCAAAAUGGGAAUAUUAUGAGCUUCUUAGCUACGAAUCCAACUCAUGAUCGACUGACUUCGAUUAAGGAAGUGGCGAACGGCAUGGCAUACCUACAUUCGUUGGACCCACCCAUUGUGCAUGCCGAUAUCCGCGGGGCGAAUAUACUGGUAACUGACGACUACCGGUGCUGCCUCGCUGACUUUGGGUUAGCUCUCACUGUGGAGACGCAAGCUCCUGGGAGUUCUGCACUGGCGCUGAGUGGGUCUAUUCGAUGGCUCGCGCCUGAGGUACUGGACAUCCGACUGUUUGAUUCCAAAUACAUCACUGCAAGAGACGUGUAUGCUUUUGGAUGUACGGUUAUUGAGAUAUAUUCAGGGAAACCGCCGUUUUCGCAUCUACGGACGGAUGCUGCGAUUAUACAUGAAGUGCUGACGAAUGUCUGUACGGGGAAGACUAAACCGGGGGUGGGCGAUUUAGGAAGAGUGGGAGAGAUCGUAGACGGGUGUCUGGUCACGAGAGCACGAGAUAGGAAGAGUGCGACAGAAGUGGUCAGGAUGCUCGAAGAGUUCAAGCAGUGAUUUAUUGCUUAAUGAGAACAUCUUGCUAGCAUGGACGAUGCUCGUCAAUUUGGUAACUCCAACUUGGCGCGAUCAGCGUAACUUCAUUUAGCCUCGACUUCAACUUAACGGUAAGGUUGGAUACAGUGUGAAUAGCGAACUGAUAAGGAAUCUGAACUUGAAGUUGGUAU